GCUCUUUGUUUUUUCUGUUUCUGUUUCUAGUUUCUGCGGUUUUUUCUAGCGCUGUUUUGCCGUUUUUUUUGAGAAAUAAUAAGGCUGAAUUAAACUUGAAAAUUAACAGUAUAUAUGGAGGAACUCGACAAUGACUCCGAACAACCUUCUCCAUGUGUUUCUUAUUUACAAGCCAGAGAUCCCAGCAUUUUAAGCUGGAAUUGCUUGAAUAUAGGAAAGUCACGUCGAAAUUUGAACAAUUUAUAUUCGGCAAGUGGAGGAGUCUCCACUUUCAAGCAGCCUAUUCACGAAGAACAGGACGAAUCUGAAGAUUGUACUCCUCUCCCUAAUCACCCACGCAAAAAGGAUGAUGGCAUUAAUGUUUACUUACGCAUUAAAAAGCCAAAUGCCGACACAAAAAUUUACACAAUCGAAGACAAUACUCUCAUUUGCACAGUUCCGGAAGGCUCGUUUGCUGCAAGAAACAAAAGAGAUGGCAGCACGGUGUUGAGAAAGUUCAAAUUUUCGAGUAUUUUCGAUCCAGAUGCUAGCCAAGAAUAUGUUUUCGAUAGCAUCAUCAAAGAAAAAAUAGUCGAUUUUAUUAAUGGAAACAAUAGCACUGUUUUGGCUUAUGGUGCCUCAGGCUCAGGCAAGACGUUUACUAUGAUUGGCACUGAAGAGCAACCUGGAAUUAUCCCAAGAUCUCUAGAUUAUUUCUUCCGUACUGUAGGGUCACAUGUUAAUAAAAAACCAAUUGUAAAACCUUUGCCUCAUGGUGGAGUCCAGCUUCUGACCAACUUGCAAGUUGAACAAGAAAUUUCGAUUCUUAAAAAUAUUCUUGGGGAUUCACAGUCAUAUGCAGAACAAGCUUUACAUAGUAGAACUUUCAGCCACAUGCAAAGGAGAUUGAGUACUACCAAAGUAGGAACCCUCAAUAAAUUUACACCUAUUGUUGGUGUUUGGGUUUCUUUUGCGGAAAUUUACAAUGAGAAUAUUUACGAUUUACUACAGCCCCAUCCUGGCCGACACCACGAAAGGCCCAGAUUGAAAAUUGGCGGUCUACAAGAUGACACCUAUAUUAAAGGGUUGAAAUAUGUGUUUGUUCACUCUGGUCUUGAAGCUUACAGGCUUAUGCACUACGGGAUGCACAACCUGAGCUACGCAGCGACCGCAGUGAAUGAACACUCGAGUCGAUCGCACUGUAUAUUUUCAAUCAGAUUGGUCGCAGGAUAUGAUCAUGAAAAGUGUAAGGUGUCCAUAUUCAAUUUUUGCGAUUUGGCCGGCUCAGAACGUCUCAAGAAAACUUUGAAUAUUGGUGAGAGAUUGAGAGAAUCAAACAAAAUCAAUUCGUCGUUGAGUGUAUUGGGGAGAUGUAUAUCCAGCAUUAGAGAUAUGCAGCAAAAAGCAAGGAACGUUUCAGCUGCCCCCUUUAGGGAUUCUAAAUUAACAAUACUAUUCCAAAAAGCCUUGCAAGGCAAAGAAAACAUAUCAAUGAUUGUUAAUAUCAAUCCUUCUCCUGAGAUGUAUGAUGAUACUCAACACGUUCUGACGUUCUCUGCAAUAGCUCAAGAAAUUACAACCAAAUUGGAACCACAAUUUUUAAAACGCAGCAGAUAUUCGGCAUACAAUUCAAAUAUAUCCAAAUAUGUAAAAGAAGAAGAACAAUAUGACGAGCAAGAUGAAGAAAUAAGAAGAUUGAGGUAUGAAAGGGCUGAUUUGGUUUUGGAAAUUUCCCAACAAAAAGAACGUUUUAACAAGGAGAUUGAAGAAGAAAGAAAUUAUUUAAUCGAGAAUCAUGAAAAAGUUAUUAAUCUCAUCUCAGAGCAGGUGAAAAACCUAAAACAAAAAAAUAAAGAAUUGGAAAAAUCUAAAGCUGUAUUAGAACAACAAAUUAGACAGUUAAAAAGAGAAUUAAUUGAAAAAGAUGAAGAUGAAGUAAUUGUGUUAUCAAGUAGUGAAGAGUCUGCUGAUGAAGAAGGAGAGGAUAAAAAUAAAAAUUUGGAGUGGAAAAUAGCUGAUUAUCAACAGGAACUAGAAGAGCUUAAGGUUCAAAACAAAAAACUAAAAGAAGAAAUCAAGCAACUUGAUGAAAAAUAUCAAGAACUACACAAAAUCAACAGGGAACAAAGUGAAGAAAUUGAAGAUCUUAAACACACUUUAUUUGAUUCCAAAAAGGACUUUGCCUUAUUGUCAAGUGAGCUGGAAAAGUACAAGAAAAGCGUGCAAGAAUUAACUAGCGAGAUUUUAUUGGCAUCAGAUGAAGGAGCGUUGGUUAAAGACGAGAUAGAAUUUUUGAGACAACAGAAUCAUAAGCUUAGAGAAGAACGUGAAAAGUUGGAAUCUCUAAAUGAAAAGACACAGCCUCUUGAAUCAGAGGAUAGCAAUAGAAAAACUGGUUCAUACCUCUUAACUGACCAAAAUGUGCUACUUGAAGAACCUUGGAACCUAUUAGGCUUUUAAGUUAACCAAUUUUUUAAGUUUUUUAUUUUGUGAUGUAAAGGUACACUUAGGUUUUUUUUUUAUUUAUAAGAAACAUUUAUGUUUUUCAUUGAUGAUAAAUAUUUAUUUAUUCAAAUGUAUCAAAAAAUUGCGUUUUUUAGUUUAAAAAAUCUUCAAUAAAGUUCUACCGUUCAUUAA